AUGGCUGUGAGGACAAGGUUCCUGGCGGUGAGGCAAGGUUCCUGGCGGUGAGGACAAGGUUCCUGGCGGUGAGGACAAGGUUCCUGGCGGUGAGGACAAGGUACCCGGUGAGGACAAGGUUCAUGGCUGUGAGGACAAGGUUCCUGGCGAUGAGGCAAGGUUCCUGGCGGUGAGGACAAGGUUCCUGGCGGUGAGGACAAGGUUCCUGGCGGUGAGGACAAGGUUCCUUGCGGUGAGGACAAGGUUCCUACCGGUGAGGACAAGGUUCAUGGCUGUGAGGAGAAGGUUCCUACCGGUGAGGACAAGGUUCGUGGCUGUGAGGACAAGGUUCAUGGCUGUGAGGACAAGGUUCCUGGCGGUGAGGACAAGGAUCCUGGCGGUGAGGACAAGGUUCCUGGCGGUGAGGACAAGAAUCCUGGCGGUGAGGACAAGGUUCCUGGCGGUGAGGACAAGGUUCCUGGCGGUGUGGGCAAUGUUCCUGGCGGUGAGGGCAAGGUUCCUACCGGUAAGGACAAGGUUCAUGGCGGUGAGGACAAGGUUCCUGGCGGUGAGGACAAGGUUCCUGGCGGUGAGGACAAGGUUCCUGGCGGUGAGGACAAGAAUCCUUGCGGUGAGAACAAGGUUCCUGGCGGUGAGGACAAGGUUCCUGGCGGUGUGGGCAAU